UUCCCUCAGCACAGGAAGGAAGGUUUGGAGUCACCUUCUGUAAGUUUUGUACGAAGGAAAGGAACAUUUGAAAGAUUUGUAAAUAAAUUUGAUACUUUCUACGUGAGAGAUGCCGUCAGUGACUCUUAAGGACGUGGACCAGCAGAAAUUCGUGAAAGCAUUUUCAGCUUUCCUGAAGAAGACUGGUAAAAUGAAAGUGCCAGAAUGGGUGGAUCUUGUGAAAAGUGCAAGAUUCAAGGAGUUGGCUCCAUACGAUGAAGACUGGUAUUACACUAGAUGUGCUGCUCUUGCGAGACACAUUUAUUUCCGUUCUCCUGUUGGAGUUGGAGCUGUUACUAAAAUCUUUGGAGGACGUCAGCGAAAUGGCGUAUGCCCAUCUCAUUUCUGCCGAGGUGCAGGUGGUGUUGCCCGUAAGGCACUGCAGUCUCUUGAACAACUGAAACUUAUUGAGAAGACUGGUGAUGGUGGACGUAGGUUGACCGUUCAAGGGCGUAGAGAUCUUGACCGUAUUGCAGCACAAGUUCGGCAAAAGAAACAACUUCAGCUACCACAGUAAACUGUCGUCUGAUAAUAAAACUUCAACGUACAAUAUGUAGAGCAUGGUAACCCACUAGAAAAAUAAAGAAAUCAUUGUGAUUUGUCAUCCAUUGUUUCUUGUUACUGUUUCACGAGACAUAUUGUAUGUACUGUACUUUGUAUGGCCAUUCCAUCAGUUUGUACUCAAUAAAGAACUGAGAAGACUUCUUUCA